GCUGAGUAAUACCUACGGGGGGAGAGAACUGUAUAUAAACAAUACAGUUCUGUCCCCUGUCAGCUUCUUACAGUAGAAAGCACAGACACAGCCCCCAUCAUUAACAUCAUUAAACACACACAAAGCACAGUUAACCCUUUGAUCGACCCAAAUGUUAACCCCUUCCUGCCCAGUGCCAUUAGUACAGUGUCAGUGCUUUUUAUUAGCACUGAUCCCUGUAUUGGUGUCACUGGGGAUGUCAAUAACACCAAGUCAGUUCCCCCCAGUUGUCAGAAUGCCGUUCCAGUUUUGCAGUUCCUGCAAGUCGCUGAUCACCGCCAUUACUAGUAAAAAAGAAAUAUAAAACUUCCAGUAAAUAUACCUCUGUUUGUAGACGCUAUAAUUUUCACGUAAACCAAUUCAUUUA